ACAAAAUAAUGGAAUGGAUGUUAUAUAUGCUUUUGAUAGUAUGUAAAAUAAUUCACCCAAUCAAUAGAGGAACAAACUAUUCGUAAAUAAGAAAAAGUUAAAAGUGUUAAAUAGCGAGUGGAGAUGCGGCUAUAACACAGAUGUAACAAAUCAAGAAGUAAACAAAAUGGCAACCAGAGGUCAACCACAGACGCUAGACAACCGAGAAUUUUUGUUUCGGUUACAAAUACUAAUCAUUGAUGGUGGCCUCCUGGUAUUGAGAAAUUUACUGGACCGGUCCCUGACAUCUCAACGCAUAACGCUCAGUGCGUGCUUGAAUCAAGAAAAGCCAACAAUAACACAUUUGAAAAGGCGCGGCGUUAUAACCCAGGUCCAAUAUGACGUGUUAUUUCCAGCGGGUGGUAAUGUCCCAACUUCGUCAGAUUUGGACAUCACGCUUAUUAUUUGUCUUCUUAGAAACCUGAAAUGUUUUGGAUUAAAUAAAAAAUUUGACUGGAGUGCAACACCAGCACCAACCGAUGUAUCAAAGGAAGCAGACAUAUGUCGGUUAAAGGUUUUCCGAAAUAAAAUAAGUCAUAUAUCAACAACGACUGCAAUACAACAAAAUGAGUUUACAGCUUGGUGGAAUGAUAUUGAACUGAUACUUGUUCGUCGUAGUACUUCAGCUUUGAAUAUUCAGCAAACAAUUGCCGAAUUCAAAACUUGCCCUCUUGAUCUGGAAGAAGAGAGAAGGAUACAGAAAGAAAUAAAAAAGUGGAAGGACUAUGAAGACGAUGUUGACCGUUUGAAACAGGAAAUGACAGUCAUGAAAGAAAAUGUAACUGACGCGAAGGAAGACCUUGAAGACGUAAAGGUAAAUGUAACUGACGUGAAAAAAGACCUAGAAGACAUAAAAGAAAAUAAUACUGCAGUGAACAAAGACCUUCAAGACAUAAAGCAAAAAGUAACUGAAGUGAAGAAAGACUUUAAAGACGUGAAGGCAAAUGUAACUGAUGUGAAGAAAAACCUAGAAGAUGUAAAAGAAAAUGAUACUGCAGUGAAGAGAGACCUUGAAGACAUAAAGGCAAAUGUUACUAACGUGACAAAAGGCCUAGAAGACAUAAAAGAAAAUGAUACUGCAGUGAAGAGAAACCUUGAAAGCAUAAAGGAAAAUGUAAUUGAAGUGAAAAAAGACUUCGAAGACGCAAAAGAAAAUGAUACUGCAAUGAAGAGAGACAUUGAAGACAUAAAGGAAAAUGUAACUGAUUUGAAGAGAAACUUUGAUGAGACCAAAAGAAGGCAAAGGACAGAUGAAACAAGGCCGGACAGACAGAAGAAUGGAAACAUUUUUCAGAGGUUUUUAGAGUGGACACGUUAUAAGCCGAUGAAAAGAAAACUUCAAGGCGACCUGAUAAAAUUUUAUAGACAAAGAUGUAGUUCAAUACCUCUGUCACCGCUUCUUGAAGAAGUAGAGACACCUUUAGCUGGGUUCUACGUGAUGCCAGAUAUAGUCAUCGUAAAGCAGAAGUCCCUUAAUUCCAUAGAAGAGGAGAGAAUACCCGUCAAGUCUUUGAGGAAACUGUUUUUAUUUGAAAGUCGCUACCAACAAGAAAUGUAUUUAUCAGCUGAUGCAGGCUUUGGAAAAACUGCUUUCUCAAAAUAUCUUGCAGUCACGUGGUGUCAAGCUCAUUGUCACGAUGAAAACUACGCCAGCUUUAAAAAGAGCGAGUUAAAAACGUUAUUAGACUUUGAGUUCUUAUUUUUGAUUUUCUUAAGAGACAGUCCCUCUGUUUGUAAAAUUUACGAUAUGAUUGAACAGCAAAUUACGGGGAAACUUCCUACUUCUGUAACACUAUAUGAAGUUUUACGUAGAGAAAAAUGCUUGAUUAUAUUGGACGGUCUUGAUGAAUGGACUCACCCUGAUAAUAGCUGUAGCGAAGUUACAGAAAAAAUCCCACAUCUAUACGAAGGUAAUAAUUGUGUUAUCCUAACGACAACUCGACCGUGGAAGCUUGGAGUUUCAAAUCUCAAAACAAGUCAAAUAAACAAAAAAGUAGAAUUGGUUCAAUUAAGUGCAGAUUCUACGCGGAAACUUGAAGAAAAUGCUAUAAGAAAAAUGACCGGUGUCCGUGACGAUAGAGUACUGAAGAGUAAAAGGCAGGACUUUGAUAAUGUGAUACGUGACUGUCGCUUAGAACACAUGCAAGGGAUUCCACUUCUCCUCAUGUAUAUAGUUGCCCUAUGGUGCAACAACAUUCCUUUAGGAAAUUCAAAACAUGAAAUUUACACCAAAAUCAUUGAAUUUCUAUUAUCGAGAACGUCAAAGAAACACCCAGAAGUUCAACCAUCUCGUGAAUCGUCUGCCAGUGAAAUUCCAGAAUACUUCAAAAGUCAUAAAUUUUGUAAACAUUUUUACAGUCUUAUAACAUCAUUAGCGGAACUAGCUUACCAAACAUUAUCUCAUGAAACAAGAGAAUAUUCAUUGGUAUUUGAUAGAAUGGUUGCUGAACAAUUUCUCAAAGCAGACGACAUGAAAUUAAGUCUUCUCUCAGGAAUACUGUCAGAAAGUAGAAGUAAAAAUUUAGUCGAAGAAAUUAUCAAAGUAUCAUUUUCUCACAAAACAAUGCAAGAAUUCUUUGCCGCCAUAUUUAUAAGUUCUCACGGUAUUUUAGAAAAAUGUAGAAAUGUUCAAGAUAUUCUGGACAUGUCAAAAAUAUGUGAAUUUAUAAGUAAAAUAGAUGUUGAUCACAUGUGUACAAUAUCAAAGGAUGUGAUGUCUUUGAUAAAUGAAGACGAGAUUACACGCGACUAUAGAACUAGGACAGGUGACGAGAUAGUGUACAAUACUCCAUUGUAUAACUUACAGAAAAUGUUCAUGUUGUGUUUACAAGAAAUGCCUGAAAGUGAAAAUAUUCAAUUAUGUUUACAAGAUUUCUUCAUUGACGACGACACCGUGCACAGUGAGCAGUUACAACGUUUAUUAAAACAAAAUAAAACCAACAUAAAAUCACUUUAUAUAAACACCGGUCGUACGUCCAGCAGCAGUUUACGUGAAAUUAUAGAUUUAUUCUCUCUUGCAGAUCUCAGUCAUAUACAGAAACUUCACUAUGCUGGUGGCUGGAAGGAGACUAAGAUAGAGAGUUUACAGAACGUAGCUUUGUUGCAUUGUACAUUGAGAAAUAAUGAAAAAAAUCUGAGUGAAAACAUGGCGCGAUGUCAAAACUUACAAUAUUUAUAUAUUGAAUACUUCACGUUAUCUCACAAAAUACUGGAAACAUUUCUCGAUUUUAUCUCCGGUCAAAAAUCAAUGAAAGAGUUAACAUUGCUGUGGUUACACUGUAAAGAACAUGGCCGCCAUGAUUGUAACAGAUUGAACUUGGACUUGUCUCAACAUUCAACUCUAUCAAAGUUAGUCUUGCGGGAGUUCACUGGAAGGCUACAAUUAAAUAUAUCAACACCGUCAUUAGUUUAUGUUACGUUGUUUUACAUCAGUCUAACUAAAGGUUCAUUGUUACUGUCACGUGACAUGUUGAAUAUUGAACGUGUGAAGUUGACGUGUAUAGAAAUGUCUGAAGGAAGUUUACAGAACUUUAUUACCGUGCUGGAAAAUCUGCCGCAGUCAGUUAUAGUAGAGAUGAGAGACAUUAAACCAUGCACAGAAUAUGGACUUUUUACAACAAAUAUUCGGAGAUCACCAACCUUUCAUGUGAUAAACGACGACUGGCGGAGGUUUGUGUUCAAAAACAUCGUCUCGUUGCAAGAUUCGUCGGACUAGUUGGAGUUCUCCGCAAAACACUGAAGAGAUUCAUCGGCAGGCUCUUCUCUAGCAGUGGCACGACAUGGCUGACAAAUGAAAGCAAUCUCCCUGUCACCCCUCACAGCUGACCUAUAGUAGCCGAUUGUUAUACCUGUAAUAUAAUGUUUUCAUUGUGCAAUUGACUACCUUAAUUACAAAAUAAUAUUUAUUUCUGAAUUGCAUUGAAGUAUUUGUAUAGGAAUGUAUAUUUUAUUACGGCAAUAGAUAAGUCGCGGAUUAAUAUUACAUCCGUGGAUAAGUGAACUAUUUUCUUUUUAUUGUUAGCAAACGAGACUGUUUAAAAUUAUUCAAUAUUUUUCAUAUAAUAAUGAUAAUAAUAAUAAUAAUAAUAAUAAUAAUAAUAAUAAUAAUAAUAAUAUAAUUUCAUCAAGUCAAGUGAAAGUCAAAAAACAUUUUAUUCUCUCAUUCCAUGUACAAACAUGACAGAAUGGUGUAAUAAACAUGAAUAAAGUAUAAUGAGGCUCAAAUAGCAGUUAAUUAACAUGGCUGACAAAUGAAAGCAAUCUCCCUGUCACCCCUCACAGCUGACCUAUAGUAGCCGAUUGUUAUACCUGUAAUAUAAUGUUUUCAUUGUGCAAUUGACUACCUUAAUUACAAAAUAAUAUUUAUUUCUGAAUUGCAUUGAAGUAUUUGUAUAGGAAUGUAUAUUUUAUUACGGCAAUAGAUAAGUCGCGGAUUAAUAUUACAUCCGUGGAUAAGUGAACUAUUUUCUUUUUAUUGUUAGCAAACGAGACUGUUUAAAAUUAUUCAAUAUUUUUCAUAUAAUAAUAAUAAUAAUAAUAAUAAUAAUAAUAAUAAUAAUAAUAUAAUUUCAUCAAGUCAAGUGAAAGUCAAAAAACAUUUUAUUCUCUCAUUCCAUGUACAAACAUGACAGAAUGGAGUAAUAAACAUGAAUAAAGUAUAAUGAGGCUCAAAUAGCAGUUAAUUAACAUUCUAGCGAAAAAUAUAAUAGAAUUGUGCUUCCAUUUUUUUAAGUACGUGGAGAGCCAAAACUGUUGUGUAUAUAUAUUACUAAAACAUAUUUAAUAAUAAAGAAAGCUGGUAUUACAUUCAAAGAUAGUGUUUCA